GGAGAAAGCCCCGUCAAUUGAUCUCUAUCUACCGGAGGAAUCGAGGCAUGUCGGUCGUUCUGGCAAUCCUCCAGCUAUUGGUUCAUCUCCUGGCUCUGACUCAUCUAAGAAUAGAAAAUUAAAGUUGGCUGCGUUAUUGAAAGCGCAGAUUAAAGCAGAGGGUCCUGCGAAGGAAGCGAUGGCUGAAUGCGUAAUUUUGCCUCCGGAGAUUGCUUAUGGUAGAGCGACAGAAAUACUUAAGGAUCUUUUUGGGAGAGAACAUAUGGUGUCCAGAGCCAUGGUGGACGAUCUGUUCAAGAAAUUGAAACCGUUGCAUGAUGAUGCAGGCUCAUUGUCUCGUUUGUCGAUAGAUCCUUCAAACUGUCAUGUUGCUCUGAGUCAGAUGAAUCAUACGAGUGACAUGAAUUCCGUCUCCACCAUAGAGCAUAUUCUCCGUACGCUAUCGAAGGGUGCUCGUCGGAACUGGGCAAGGUUAGCUGACUCUAUGGACAACCUUGGAAAACAGAUAGGUUUCUCUGGCCUAUGCAACUUCGUUGCUCAAGAGGCUCCGCACCCGCCAUGGUAUGCUUACCAUGGGCUCAGAACCCCAUCGUCCUCAAAAGCAGCAGCAUCGGGUGGGUCACCAGGGAAUUUCCGCCUUCUUGGAAUAGGGCUGGAUACAGACCGUCUGGUCCCGGUGCCUUCUCACGUUUCGGUACGGCUAUUUUAUGCCUUAUUUCUUCUUCCGAAGGGCGAUCCAGGAACCUGCCUUGGAGCUGUACCGGUUCGUUUGAAUGGUCCGCAAGGCAGCGUUCUCACGUACGCAUUGUUGGAUAGUGGGUCGGACGUAACUUUGGUGACGAAAGACUUACUUGAUAAGGUUGGUCGGACUGGCACUCCAACAACUUUGAAUUUAUCUACAGUGAGUGGGAGCUCCACUGUGGAGGCUGCAAGUCUCAGAAUCGAGUUUGAAUCGGCAGAUUCAGGUGUUAAGGACGAUCCGCAGUUACGUGGAGUUAUGCCGAAUUCAUUUUAUCACAUUUUUGAACAUAUUUCGAAGUCAAAAGAUGCUGAAUAUUUGGUCAGAGCCAGCUACCUGGAAAUCUACAAAGAAGAACUUCGUGACCUUCUCCAUCGCGAUCAGUCAAAGCAUCUUGAGAUCAAGGAGAAGCCGGAUAGCGGUAUUUAUGUCAAGGGAGAACGACUGAAGGAGGCGACCAAGAUCAACCUGAGUUUGUCUACUCUUGGAAAUGUCAUCUCCGCAUUAGUCGACGGGAAAAGUACCCACAUACCUUAUCGGGACUCGAAGCUCACACGUCUACUUCAAGAUUCUCUUGGUGGUAACGCCAAAACAGUCAUGGUGGCAAACAUUGGUCCAGCUACUUACAACUACGAUGAGACACUCAAUACAUUGCGCUACGCAAGUCGGGCCAAAAACAUCAAAAACAGACCGAAAAUCAAUGAAGACCCAAAAGAUGCUCUUUUGCGUGAAUACCAAUCCGAGAUUGAACGUCUCAAAUCGUUGCUGAAAAAUCGAAGUGCAGGAAUCCAGCGAGAUGUAGAUUCUCUUGGUGGUAACGCCAAAACAGUCAUGGUGGCAAACAUUGGUCCAGCUACUUACAACUACGAUGAGACACUCAAUACAUUGCGCUACGCAAGUCGGGCCAAAAACAUCAAAAACAGACCGAAAAUCAAUGAAGACCCAAAAGAUGCUCUUUUGCGUGAAUACCAAUCCGAGAUUGAACGUCUCAAAUCGUUGCUGAAAAAUCGAAGUGCAGGAAUCCAGCGAGAACUGGGGGACAGUCGGCGCCGAAGAUCACAAAAACAGAGCACAAUAACCGGAACGGGAAAAGACACCGGAGAGGAGCCAAGUACAGAUAAUGAAACGGAAGGAAUUAAGGCUUAUAUGAAGGAACAACAAGACAAACUGUCUGCCGAAAAGGAAGCAAUCUUAAAUGAUCAUUCACUUUUGGCCGAAGAGAAGUCCCGUCUGUUAGGCGAACUUGAGGCAAAAGAAGUGAAGCUACAAGAAGAACAAGCCCAAACAAAGCAACUUGAAGCAAAACUGCGUGCGAUGGAAAGCAAGCUGUUGCGGGGUGAUCAGUCUAUUGUGGAACACACACGAAUGCAAGAAGCCACUUUGGCUCAGCAGCUAAGCCAAAUGGCUGAGCAACAGCGGAGAGAGCGUGAAAUUGUGGCUCGGAUGGAGGAAGCUGAGGACAGUAUGGCAAACCUUCAGGAAGGAUUCAGUUCACUUAAACAGGAAGUGGAAGUAAAUACUCGAAGGCUUCGGAAGUUGUAUGAGAAGCUUCAAGAAGUAAAACAAGAGAUUGUUGAAGUUCAGGAAGACAACAAUCGCGAACGUCAAGAGCACGAGCGAAUUCAGGAGGAGCUCACGCGCCAGGUGAAACGAAGUCUACUCAUUCUGCAAAAUUUCGUCCCAAUGGAAGACCGCAUUAAGCUUGAAAAACGUGUCGUAUUCGAUGAAGACACCGAACAAUGGGAACUCAAAUCAUUGAUUCCACAGGCUGGUAAUCAGCACAAUGAAACAGAAAUAAGUGGUCACUUGGAUCCGCCAGUCAAAUCCGCAUUAGGUGGCCGUAGACCCGUAUGCCAAUCAGCGCGCACGGCAGCCAGCUUGGGGACAGAUCCUAGGUAUAGAGCUGAGCAACUUUUAAGCCUGGAUCUCGAUCUUCCCAGUCGAACCACCCGAGAUUACGAACCGCCCCAGUUGGCUCCGCAGGUGGUGGCGGCUUUGGAAGCCGCUUUACAAGAUGAAGAAGACCUGGAGCUGGAUGGAAGUCCAUCCGUUUUCAAAUCCCGUCCAACCAAAACGAAACGGAAAGACCGAAGGUUACGUACGGUGUCACAUAAAACGGAAGCAGAAAUAUUUCCAGUAUCCCGAGGGUUAGUGCCCAAAUAA